CAUCAAAUUUCCUAAGAUGAUCUUUUCUUGUUUUCUUCUCUCUCUCUCUCUUUAUUUGCGGGCACUAUCAGAGCAUAUGGAGAUUUUGAAGAAAAGACAACCAUCAGAAGGAAAGCUUACAUGGAGUGAAUUGCAGAAGAUGAAAUACACAUGGACAGUUGCACAAGAGCUGAUGAGAUUCAUCCCUCCUGUCUUCGGUGGCUUUAGAGAAGCUCUUAAAGACACCAGCUUUGGUGGCUAUGACAUCCCUAAAGGAUGGAAGGUAUUCUGGGCCUCAUCGCCGACCCACAUGGACAAGGACUUCUUUGCAGACCUUGAUGAGUUCGAUCCAUCACGUUUCCAAAAUCCAUCUAAGCCGAUCCCACCGUUCUCCUACAUACCAUUUGGAGCUGGGGCCCACAUGUGCAUCGGCAACGAAUUCGCUAGGGUCGAGACGCUCACGAUCGUCCAUAACAUGAUCAUGAACUUUGAGUGGUCAGAAGUGAAUCCCGAUGAAAUGAUCACAUGCCAACCGAUGCCUUAUCCAUCAAUGGGACUUCCUAUCAGGAUCAAAGAAAGAAUUACAUCCGAGUAGAUUAGGGAUUUAACACUUUGAAUUGCUACU